CUCUCUCAUAUAUUUUUGUGGGUAUAUUUAUAGGUUCGGAUCUCAGCAGAUGCUUCAAUCUGUUUUCUGCAUGCAGAGACUAUUUCCACAACCAAAAAAGAAGAGCUUCAUCUUCCGAAAUUGUUGAGCGAUCAUGGCUUGCGUUUCUUCGUCGACGGCAAUGGCGGAGAGGAUAUCAUGGUACUGUGCACUGCUCGUGGCGCUGAUGCUGGCGCUUAGCUGCUGCGACCCGGGCGAGCCGUCGCUGGCCGAGCCUGGGGCUGGGAUCCGACAGAAGCAUCAAGACCUGAACAGGCCGUGCGACGAGAUCUACGUGGUCCGAGAAGGCGAGACCCUGCAAACCAUCGGGGACAAGUGCGGGGACCCGUACAUCGUCGAACGGAACCCGCACAUCCAUGACCCGGACGACGUCUUCCCGGGUCUGGUCAUCAAGAUCACCCCAUCCAGCAAGAGUGUAAACAGCCACGGACCGAGAGGGGCCGGCGAAGGUUCUCUCGCCCCGGGUCACUCGGUGCUGAGCGUAAACUUUGGCAAGUAUUUAGUUUUUAUGGAAAUUCAAUGUAAAGUCACAAGCUUGGGAAAUAAGUACUAUGUUUCGCGACUUCAUAUCUAGGGGUAAAGACGUGAAGAUUUUUCGGCCUUCAGACCUCAUUUCUUUGCUAUUUAAAUUGCUAAUUUCAACUUUAAUGACUUCACAACAUUGAUAAAUUUAUUCAUUUUUUAGGAAAAAAAAUAUUUUUCAAAU